AUGUAUGCAAUUGGUCAUUCUUUAGCCUUGUUGUUGUCCGUGUCAGCGGUAUUCCAGCUCGGCUGUCGGGCACAUUAUGCUCCCGACGAGGUGAGCCAUCUCCCCGGCAUGACGUUCAAACCGAACUACCGUCAGUGGUCGGGACACCUCCAGGCAAGACCCGGCAAGUUUCUCCAUUAUUGGUUUGUGACCUCUCAAAGGGACCCAGUCAAAGACCCGCUGGUAUUGUGGCUAAACGGAGGACCGGGCUGCAGCUCGCUGGACGGAUUCCUGUCAGAGAAUGGACCUUUUCAUGUAAGAGAUGAUGGAGCCACUUUGUACGAAAACUCUUUCAGCUGGAACAGGAUCGCAAACGUACUCUAUUUAGAAUCACCCGCUGGCGUCGGCUACUCCUACUCCAAUGAUGGCGACUACGCCACGGAUGACAAUCAGGUUGCCGAAGACAAUUACAAAGCACUGCAGAGUUUUUUUGCCAAGUUUCCAAGCUUUACUCGGAACGACUUUUUCAUCUUUGGAGAAAGUUACGGCGGAAUUUAUGUACCAACCCUCAGUUUACGCAUCACAAUGGGAAAUGACAACGUCAACUUUAAGGGCUUUGCUGUAGGAAACGGUCUCAGCAGCUAUGCACUCAAUGACCAGACUUUGAUUUAUUUUGGCUACUACCAUGGACUGUUUGGAGAAGACUUGUGGCGUGAUCUAAACAAUUACUGCUGCGAGAAGCAAAGAUGCAACUUUUCCAACUCCACUUCCCAGAAAUGCCAGAUGCUGGUCAGUGUGGCUUUUAAUAUAGUCUAUAACAGUGGUCUUAAUGAGUAUGCCCUUUACUUGAACUGCGAGGGUCGCGGUGGGUUUCACCCAGCCUAUGAAAAGGCUAUGAGUCACCUGUUCAAAAACUACCGCAAACGCAGCAACGAUCUGAAUUCAGACGGGUCGCGCUUCUCCAUCACUCUGGGCGAGGUCCCCCCUUGCAUUAAUAGCACGGCGCAAGCAAACUGGCUCAACCGGGGCGACGUGAGGAAAGCCCUGCAUAUUCCUGACAUUCUGCCAAAAUGGGACCUGUGCAGUGACACUGUCGGCAAGAGUUAUACCAACCUGUACGCAUCAGUGAAGGAGGUGUAUCUGAAGUUGCUUACUUUAGGCCUACGGGCACUCGUCUACAAUGGGGACACGGACAUGGCCUGCAACUUCCUAGGGGAUCAGUGGUUUGUGGACGACCUCGGCAUUGAGGCCACUACUCGGUACCAGCCCUGGCACGUUGACAACCAGGUUGCAGGUUUCUACCAAAUGUAUGGAAAUGUAACAUUCCUGACAGUCAAGGGUGCUGGUCACAUGGUUCCACAGUGGGCUCCACGUCCUGCACUUCACAUGUUCCAGUCCUUCAUCACAAAUAGUGCCUACUCAGAUUGA